GUGCCUGGAUGCCUUCUGUAUCUAUGGUAGUGCCGGAAAGGUGGAGGAGCCGUAUGUCACCAUCACCCGUAAGAAGCAGAUGCCCCGGGAAGGGCAGACUGAGGAGGUGGAGCAGGAAGUGGGGCAGGCAGAGGGGAAGUUAGUCACCCACCGGGCCGCUUUCGCCAGGACCUCUGUCAUACAGGCCUUCCUGGGCUCUGCACCCCAGCUCACACUGCAGCUCUACAUCUGUGUGCUGCAGAAAGGGGUGUCCAUCGCUAGAGAUAUUCUUCCAGCCAUCCACAUCAUAGCUCACUUGUUCAACUUUGAGAGAUUCAUGGAUUCCCAGCUUAUGAUCAACAGCAGUUACCUGCCUUACGUGCUUUCUCAGAUGGGCAACAAUGACAAUAAAUCCUACCUGAAUCCUAUCAGAACCAAUGAGACGAACCCAACCAUAGUGAUGUUUACUACUAUAGCAGGACUGACAGGGGUGGUCAUCACCCUCGCCCUCAUCCUCAUCAUCACUUCCUCCAUGGAGGUCAUCAGAAGGUCAUAUUUCGAGGUGUUCUGGUUCACCCAUCACCUGUUCAUCCUCUUUUUCAUUGGUUUGGUGCUUCAUGGAGUCGGGCGUAUUGUGCGAGGCCAGACUCUAGAAAGUGUAAAAGUGCACAACCCAGAUGAAUGUCACAGCCAGUUCGAGACGUGGGGUAAAAAUGGCACCAACUGCCCAGAACCUGUCUUUGCUGGGAAUCCCCCGAUGACAUGGAAGUGGGUGGUUGGCCCCAUGAUUCUAUAUGUAUGUGAGAGACUGGUGCGCUUCUAUCGCUCACAGCAGAAAGUGGUUAUCACCAAGGUAGUGAUGCACCCAUCCAAGACCCUUGAGCUGCAGAUGAAGAAGAAGGGCUUUAAGAUGGAGGUCGGUCAGUAUGUUUUCAUCCAGUGCCCGUCCAUCUCUCAGCUAGAGUGGCAUCCCUUUACCUUGACCUCUGCCCCGGAGGAAGACCACUUAAGCGUGCAUAUCCGAAUUGUUGGAGAUUGGACACAAGCCCUUUAUACGGCCUGUGGAGGUGACAAAACCGUGGUGCUGGAUGCUUGGACACUACCAAAGGUGGCUGUGGAUGGGCCAUUUGGGACGGCCAGUGAGGAUGUCUUUCGUUAUGAAGUUGUGAUGCUGGUCGGUGCUGGUAUUGGUGUGACACCUUUCGCUUCUGUUCUGAAGUCUGUGUGGUACAAACACGUCCAGGAGAACAAAAAUGUCUUCACCAAAAAGAUCUAUUUCUAUUGGCUGUGUCCGGAGACACAGGCUUUCGAAUGGUUUGCAGACCUGCUGCAGAGUUUGGAAAGACAGAUGAUGGAGAGAGACAUGAGCGAUUUCCUUAGUUACAACAUUUAUCUAACGCGCUGGAAGGAUGCUGAGGCGGCCCAUUUUAGAGUUCAAUAUGAGGCGGAAGAUGAUCCCAUUACUGGGCUUAAGCAGAAGACUCUGUACGGUAAACCCAACUGGGACAAUGAGUUCAGUGCCAUUGCUACCCAACACCCAGGUUCAAAAGUAGGCGUUUUUCUAUGUGGUCCUAUGGCUUUGGCCACAGCUCUGGGAAAGCAGUGCAUUUCACACACUGAAUCUGGAACUGAGUUUAUAUUCAACAAAGAAAACUUCUGAUGUGCUUCAAAGUGUCAACUCAUAUGUAUCAGAGCUGAAAAAAUACUGAAAAAUCCUUAAACCACUGCAUAAGAUAUUCAGACUUGUUUUCAAAUAUUGUAUCUUGAGUGUAAGUAGAUU